GCAUUUGGGCGCUGCACCGCCCCGCGCUUUGCCCUUCAGCGGCGUUCGCAAAGGAGAAAGCUUGCGGCGGGCGGCCAGGCCGUGGUCCUGCUAGUUUUCUUUGUAAUUGGUGGUCCGAGGCCAGGCCUCAAGUGGGAACGGCGUCACCAUGAUGGACGGAAGGCCGGGCCGAGUGCCCUUACAGUUCCUGCCGGAUGAGGCCCGGAGCCUCCCCCCGCCCAAGCUGACCGACCCGCGGCUCGCCUACAUCGGCUUCUUAGGCUACUGUUCCGGCCUACUUGAUAACGCGAUCCGGCGGAGGCCGGUGAUGUCUGCCGGUUUGCAUCGCCAGCUCCUAUAUGUUACUUCCUUUGUCUUUAUUGGAUAUUAUCUUUUAAAACGUCAAGACUAUGUGUAUGCUGUGAAGGACCAUGAUAUGUUUGCUUAUGUAAAAUCACAUUCAGAGGAUUUUCCUGAAAAAGAUAAGAAAACGUAUGGCGAAUUGCUUGAAGAAUUCCAUCCAGUGCGUUGAAGUCUCCAAAAUGCUUCCUUUGGUUUCACCAAUACCAGUUAUUCCUGAGUUUUGUGGAGCAUGUUUCCAUAAUAUGGAAAGUUUAUGUUAAUCUGUGUGUUAACACCUUAUGAUUAAAAUGGUCAUCAUGAA